CAAACCACUCCACUGAACGUCUCUCCACUCUCCUUCCUCAACUUCCCUCCUCUCUUUGAACUUUCCACAGUGAGAAGAAAAGAACGAUGACUCUAACCCUAAGCAUGGCGGAAACCCUAGAUGCUCUAAUCGAUAACUCCCAGGAAACCGAUUACUCCUCCGCUCACCCCGAGGAAGACAACACUCAGAACAUCGAUCUCUCUCUCCUCCGUAUCAACAGCUUCGGUAACUCCUCCGAUCGCCGCCGCGCGAACUCGUCUCCUCCGCAGUUUCCAUCGCACAGAUCUUUCGGGUCUUCCUCCCCCGCCGCCGCCACCAGCCCCGUGAAACGCCCCUCCCCGGAGUCGAAAGAAGCCGACGAGCGUAGACGCAAGAAGCUGUUUCUUCCCCCACCACGUGACGCCGAGGAUGACGAAACGAUGUCGAAUCGCUUGGGAUACUCGAAGAUUCCGCUUCCUGUGGAUUCUAAUCCGACGCGAGUCCGUUCGUCUCCGAUCUACAGACGAUCUCUCUCCGAUACGUUUUCUUCCCGAAGCGGCGUCGCUCAGGAAACAGCACCGUCUCUGCCGCCACGGCCACCGGUCUUCCGGCGGUGCGUCUCCGAUGUUUCGCCGGCGUUUCAUGGAACUGAUCUUGCGAAUCAAGAAACGUCCGAAGCCAAUAAGAUGCUCUAUGCUAUCAAGAAUGGAGUUGUUGAAUUGGAUCAGUGGUGUAACAAGCUUCUACAGUACGGUGAAUCGGUGAAACAAGAUGGCAGUAGUCCUAAGCGUCUUAUCAAGGAGGGAGUUCGUGAACUGGAUCAGUGGUGUAACAAGCUCAUCAAGUACGGUGAAGACAGUAGUCCUAAGGCACAAGUUGAGUCACCAGAGGAGGAGCACGACAAAGAGUGUAAAGAAGGAGUGAAGGUGGACAGAGUUGGUGAGGCUUUUGUUGUUGAGAUCAACUGUCCUUGUGGAAGAAACUACAGAACUCUCUUCUCUGGCCGUGACUGCUACUACAAGCUCUUGUAGACAUGGUGGUUUUCAUCAUCAUCACCGUAUGUGGAAGGAUCUCUCUCAUGCUUGAUACUAGCUAUACACAUUUUGUUUCAUUCGUAUUGUUUGGUACAGAUUGUUCCAUACGCUUCUUCGUUUUAUAGAUACUAUACACAUUGUUCUAGUGUCAUACUCUUGUUACCCUCAUUCAUUGAACUGGAUGUGA